AUGUUCUCUGCCAUGCUGAUGGACGCCUACCGUGAUGAACGUCCCGGGAUCCGCAUGGCCUACAGGACGGACGGUCACCUUCUGAAUCAACGGCGGAUGCACUUCCAAUCGCGCGUAUCCAAAACCACUGCUCACGAACUUCUCUUCGCCUACGACUGCGCCCUCAACACCACCUCAGAAGAGGACAUGCAACGGAACGAGGACCUCUUCUCCGCCGCCUGCGAGAACUGCGGUCUGGUCAUCAGCACGCAGAAGACGGUGGUCAUGCAUCAACCGCCGCCACCCAACACAACCACUCCUUUCAAUGCGCCGCAAAUCAGUGUAAACAGAACCCAACUUCAAGUGGUGGAGAACUUCCCGUACCUGGGUAGCACCCUCACCCGUAACACCAAAAUCGAUGACGAAGUCGCUCGCAGGAUCUCAAAAGGCAGUCAAGCCAUCGGCCGCCUCCAAAGCACUGUUUGGAAUCGUUACGGUCUCCAGCUCAACAAGAAACUGAAGAUGUAGAAGGCCAUCAUACUCCCGAUGCUGCUGUACGGAGCGGAGACUUGGACAGUGUGCAAAUAGCAGGCACGCCGACUGAAUCACUUCCACCUCAGCUCUCUUCGUCGCAUCCUGAAGCUGAAGAGGCAGGAGCGAAUCUCCGACAUUGAUGUACUGGAACGGACGGGAAUCCUCAGCAUCUGCACCAUGCUGAGACAACUACAACUGCGUUGGAGCGGCCAUCUCGUGCGGAUGGACGACGCGCAGCUACCCAAACGACUCUUCUACGGUGACGCCGCCACGGGUUCUCGCCGUCAAGGAGGCCAAAUCGGCCGAUACAUGGAUACUCUGAAAUCCUCCCUGAAACGCCUGCAAAUCAAUCAGACCAACUGGGAAAACUUCGCCCGAGACCGACCGACCUGGAGGAGGACAGUGAAGACAGGCGCUGUGAUCUAUGGAGCCAACCGCAUAGCCGCCGCCAAAGUCGAACGCGAAGCACGCUAA